AUGGUUACUUUAGUUACUUUUAGAGGUGUCGGGUUAUAUCGUAAGAAAUGUCGUCGAUGUAUGAAAUUAUUUGAAAGGGUAGAUCUGGUAAUGCAUGCCGGUCCUUUAUUAUAUCACGUAUCGUGCUUUUCAUGUCAUUACUGUGAUAAAAAAUUUAUCACUGGCGAAAAUUUUUUUGUAAACAAUGAUGAAAUUUAUUGCGGAGCAGAAUGCAUCGACGCGCGACCGUCAUCGACUAAAACAGAGAUAUUUGUUCGAGAUGAUGACGAUUGUUGGGAUUCAUCGACUCUAACUAGCUUGGACAACCAAAUGACAACUACCCCACCACUAUCAUUACGAAGUCCCAGAUCCGAUGAGGCUUGUGAAACUAUUGAAAUUUUUCCUAAAAGAAUUGCUACAUGUUUUUUUGAACACCAUUUGAAUGUCAUUACUUUUCCUGGACCAAGUUCAGCGUCAGUAUCAACUGGUUCGAUGAAAAAAAAUAAAAAAGAUAAACAGGCUACUCGAGUGCGAACGGUGCUGAACGAAAAACAACUGAUGACAUUAAAAACGUGUUAUGCGGCUAAUUCAAGGCCGGAUGCCAUUAUGAAGGAGCAGCUUGUGGAAAUGACCGGUUUAAGCGCUCGUGUAAUUCGAGUAUGGUUCCAAAAUAAGCGUUGUAAAGAUAAAAAACGGCAGCAAGCAUUGCGGCAUUUGCAGCAAAGAGCUGAGACGGCAAGUCAUUUUGACAAUUUUUUCUGA